CUGUAUGAUUUAUAAAGCCAGGACACGGCUCAGUUUGGUGUCUUUGACAACAGCCUGUUGACCUCCACCUCAAUCAGAAAGGAUGAAGUGCAUCUCCCUCUUCCUCGUGCUGUCGCUGGUCGUCCUCAUGGCCGAACCAGGAGACGCUUUUAUUCACCACAUUUUCAAGGGGAUAUUUAAAGUGGGCAAGGCGAUCUACGGGGCCGUCAGACAUGGACGGUGGGGAGAGCAGCAGCAGCAGCAGCAGGACCAGCGGGACCUGCAGGACCAGCAGAACCAGCGGGACCUGCAGGACCAGCAGGACCAGCAGGACCAGCAGGAGCUGCAGGACCAACAGGAGCUGCAGGACCAACAGGACCUGCAGGACCAGCAGGAGCAAGAGGAGAUGGAACAACGCUUUUAUAACCGGAAGCGUGCUGCUGUCAACUAGACCUCCAUCUGAAAGAGCCAUUUUAAAACUUUACUUUAGAUGAACAGAAAUGUUUCUUGCUGUUCAGAAUCAGAAAAAAAAACAACAUGGCGUGACAAGUUUUGGAUAUGUUAACUGAUUAAAGAAGAAAUGUCACUCAUUUUGAAUAAAUCUUCACUGUGAUGCACCAAAA